GGUCGAUUCAGUGCGAGGCGGGCGGUCAGAGCUGAUGCAGUGGAAGGAUACGACGACGAUGAUCGUACGGCACGAGUUGCUCGCAUUGUUUCAUUCGUCGAAAAGUCGGAAAGGAAAAUUAGAACGAUUCGAGAGGAUUCGAAACAUGAGGAAGAAGGGAUUUGGUCGAAAGAGGUGUUAUCGUUGCUAUUGUCGUUGUUCCGAUAAUCGUUCUUGUCAUCGGAUCACGUUUCGUUCGAGCACAAAGAGACAGACAAGUCCGGAAGUUUUCUUGGAAAGUGCGGUGACAAAAAUAUCAUCUAUCGGUCACGAUUAUCACGUCGUCGUUGCCGUCGACAAUUGCUAAAGAUAAGAAUAACAAUUUCGAAACAACGUUGAAUAUAAUUACGUCGCGAUAAAUCGUUCAAAUCGAUUGGUUAUCUUUCUGAAUUUCGAUUCGGAAAAAACUAAAAAAAUUCAAAAAGUCCGACGAACGAGCAAUCGAUUCGGUGUGUUGAUCGAACGGUACACGCGAGCGGGCAAUUUAGAAGAUCGUUGCAACUCGAUGUACCGAUUUGUUGCACGUUAGUCGUAUUUAAUCGUUGCUGUUAUUACAUUAUUCGGUAAGAUAUUUCGAGUGUUUAUCGCGUACCGUUAUCGCGAUGAAUCAGCGAAUCGUUAAAUAAUCUUUGCGAUAUAACUUUUUUUUUUGUUUUUUUUUUUUCUUAAAAAUUUUAGGGAACAAAAUUUCGUCGUUGAAAACGAAUAAUUUAAAGUCGUGGUAAUUCAAAAACAAUCGAAUUAAUCGAAGGAAGCGGGACAAAAAUGCUGUCGAAGGGAUGCAAAAAAGAUGCGAAAAGAGAGAUUUCACGAAAUCGAUCUUUUUUUUUUUUUUUUUUUUUUUUUUUGAUAUAGCUCGACGAUCGACUCGAUUCGAGGAAAUAAUAACUGGAAGAGAAUAAUGACAAUUCGGGUACGAGUACGACGUACGAUCCCCAUCGCGUUUACGAACGAAAAGUCGUUACGAGGUAAACGACGAGGAUCGGUCCGAGCGAUGACGGGGAAAAAAAGUUGUUUGUUGGAACGAGAAACGACGAGAAGCGACGAAGUUUUCGAGUGUCGUAAACCGGCGAACGAAAGAGCGAACAAAAACACGGGACGCGAUCGUGCUUUGUCUUCGACUUACCAAAUAUUCGGCUACUCUUCCCUGUGCGCGGUAUGUACGUACACAAUAUACUUGUGUAUAAUUUCUCUCUCUCUUUCUUUCUUUUUUCUCUUUUUUUGCUCUCGACCACUCGAUCGUGGCUUCCACGUUUACGUGAAACGUUGACGUGAUCUCGGAUGGCGAGAUAGAUCGUAUUGUCGAAGUUCGUCGAUUCGUUUCGCCUCGCUGCGUCUCUCUUCUUCGUUCUCCAUCUCCUCCUCUUCCAUCCAUCGUCGUUCUUUCGCUAGUGCGGGGAAGUUGCCGUCGCUUCGAAGAUUUGCAUCGAGAUUCGACAGCGAAACGCGCGAAAUAAAUUCGAAAACGAAUCGUUCUCGAGAUUUUCGAGCCCGAAAAUUUUUUUCACGAUCGCGAGACGGGCCGAUCGGGUGGGAGGGGGAAUCGUUCGAAUCGAGCCAUGAAAACGAACGAGUCUUGGUCGAUUGAUCUCGUGCGGUUGAUCGUCUCCAACAUUGUUGUGGCCGAGAGAGGGCAAGAGCGAGCGAGCGAGCGAGCGAGAGAGAGAGAGGGAGAGAGAGAGAGGAUGGUGGCGAUUGGAUCUCCGCCAAAUGCCGUUGGUAAAAUUAAUCGUUCUCUCCGACAUGAAUUCCUCUCCAAGCGGGGAAUAUCAAUUUGCGGGGAUCAAAAGGAGACAACGUUGACAACAACUGGUCGUUGCGAAAGAUCGAAAUUUUGGCAAACGAUGGAAGUACGAACACCGUUUUAGCGGCGAGUUGGAAAGAGAAAUCACGUUCGAGAUUCACGUUCCGUAAAAGGAUCAAAGGGAGGAGAGCCUAAUCGAGAGCGAGAUCUGUUUUCGCGAGGAAAACAACGUGGAAAUAUAUAAGAGAAGAGCGAUCGUUUAACGCGAAAUGCGAGAUAAAGGGACGUAAGAGCGCCGGUCGACGACGACGACGACAACGACGAGCAACGGACAAGAAGAGACGAUACGUCGGAUGAGAGCGACAAAUGCACGCUGCCGAGAACCCGUGUUGUUAAAAUAACGGAGAAAAAAAGAAGAAAAAAGAAAAAAAAAAAAUAAAAAAAAUAAAAAAAUAAAAAAAAAAUAAAAAAGAUAAGAAAAAGGAAGAAAAAUACGGUGGAGAAAGAAAAGGAGAAGGAAAAUAGAUAGGAUUCGAAAAUUUCGACGAAGAUCGGUCGAAGAAGAAGGAGGAGGAGAAGAAAGAGAAAGAGAGUGUUUGCCGCGUUGAAUAAGAAGGGGAGGAUCGUGCGAUAGGAUAGAUAGAUAGAGAUAAAGGGUAGAGCGAGUGAGCGAGCGAGCGAGCGAGCGAGCGAGCGAGUGAGCGAACGAGCGUGCGA